GAAAAGCAACAAGUCAUAUGAUCCGAGAUUCCUGAUUGUUUGAGGAAACCAAAUUUCAUCUUAUUUUGUUGAAUUCCAGCCAAAUUUGUCAACGAUGGGCGUCCAGAUCGCUCCUAUAGCCGUGAUGACUGUCUUUUGGGGUGUUGUGGGCAUCGUCCUGCCCUUCGUCGUGCCCAAAGGGCCGAACAGAGGAGUAACCCAGGUGGUUUUGAUGCUGACUGGUGCAACAUGUUGGCUCUUUUGGCUUUGCUGCUACAUGUCCCAGAUGAACCCUCUAAUCGGCCCCAGGCUGUCGAACCACACCCUGUUGCUCAUCGCUAGAGAAUGGGGCAAUCCCAUCAACGUGACCCACGGAGGUGUUGGUCACUGAGGUCUGCAAAUCUUCCAUUUAACACAUUCCGAACGUACAGUUGGCGAUCAAGAUAAGAGAACCUCCAGCACACUUUUGAGCACGAAAAAAAAUCAAUUGAAUAGUCCUUGAGAAUUAUUUUUCUGAAAAGUAUUGAAACAAAUGCAGUGCCUUUUUGUCAAUUUGUCGAUAAAAAACAAUUAUCUUGUGA